AUGAGCAAACGUACUUGUAGAAUAUGCUUCGAGCAAAAGGCAGAAGAAGACAUGCAAGAGCUCAACUGUCGCCACGAGUUCUGCACCUCAUGUCUCAGUCACUUCACAGGUUCAAAAAUGAUAAAUUUUCUUUCCUACAUAAUAAUUUUUCAGUUUCUGCUGUUUCAACUGAGGUUUUAUUUCAGGAAUGCUGUGUCCGAAGGUCUACUGUGUCGGAACUAGAAGCACGGACGUGAUAGUUGACGAAAUGGCAGGUUGAAUAGUUUCAAGUUGACUAAAAAAUUUCAUAGGAAUGGAUGAGUACGGCUCGACGCAGAUUUCUUUCGGUACUCAGGCGCACAACGUAAUCGAUCUAGAAGAAAAGCUUAGGUACUUUAGCUUAUAACACAUCGAAAAAAUCCUUUCACAUAGUGCUUAUAGAUGAUUUUGAUUGAUGUUUCCCGACUUGAAAGGCGAGGGAGGCGGGAGGCGUAGCGUGUGCGUACGCGGUUCUUGGCACGAGUUCAAUUCACCCACCAGCGACUAUUUGGAGAGCUCGUUUAUCGCUCUUUUCAUUUAUUUUUUUAUUAUCUGUUGAUUUUUCAUGUGUGCAUUAAAAAAAAUAGUAGAAAUAUAAAAAAAGAAAUAUAAAUAUAAAGAAAGAGCGGUGACCGAGCUUUUUGAAUAGUCGGUGCGCUUGAAUUGAACUAGUGCCAAAAACCGCGUACGCACACGCUACGCGUCCCGCCUCCCUCGCCUUUCAUUCGGAAAACAUUGACUAUAAAGAUAAAGAGGAAAUGAGACGAUAUCUCGAGACGAGAUCGUGUCUCGUGCAUCCCUGCUCGCAACGACCGGGCGGGGUCGCACAGUGUUUUAAAAGAGACGGCGGCAAGCGAAAAAAAAGGUCGUCGCAAUGGGGCGAAAACGCGAGUUUUUUCUAACGCAACGCGGUGCGGCGCGUGUCACCCCCACAAAAUUUCAUUCACUUUUAAUACGGUUUUUUCUCUUUUUCUUGAGUAUUUUACCAUUCUUUCGUAUUUUUUUACGUUGUAUGUGUUCUUAAAACGUGUUUAUCGCGUUUUACAGAUAUUUGAAGUGAUUUUCGAUUGUUCUCGUCACAGAAAUUCGCAUUAAAAUGACAUUUUUGAUGACAACUUAUUUCGCAUAAGAUAUUUCGUUUGUUUUUUUGUUUUAGAGUUUUCAAAUGGACUUUCUUAAGAGAAACGCUGUGAGAUUUUUCUCAAAAUUUUUUUUUCGAGGCAGUUUUCGACGAAUUUAUUCUCGAAAAUGUCAUUUUGGGUGACAACUUUAUUCGCACAAGCUAUUAUGUAUCUGUUUUUUUGUUUUAAAACGUUCAAAUGGUAAUUCUUAAGAGAAGUGCUUUUGAGCUUUUUUUCUCCAUUUUCCCUUUGGAAGUUCGAUUUGACGAGUUUUUCCUAAAAAAACGACAUUUUGGGAGAUAUUUUUGUUUUUGCAAAAAAACUUUUUUUCGUCUCUUUCUUCAUUUAAAUUUGUUCGUUAUAAUUUAAUACACAUUAAAAAAAUCUUUGAAAACUUGCGAAAACCUAGGAAAAACAUCAUUUAAUGGUCUUUUUCCAACCACUAAAUCCACAAAACUUGACUCUCAUCCCCGCGCCCCUAUUGCAAUAAACCGUGCCGCUGUUGCAGUCAGCCACGCCUACUGACCACAGCUGCCGCUCGUUUGGGAACACUGUGGGUCGGGCAUUGAAAAUUGCCGGCGGCCAAUAGGCUGGCCCUCUCACAGGUCUGCCGCGCAGGACCCACUCUUCGCAUAAAUUUUUUACCCCAGUGGCAAACGAUUGCAAAAUGGGAAAAUAAGCCAUCUUCAAAGUAAAGUCUGCGAAAUUCAAAAUCAUCCCUGACUCUUUAAAAUUUAGUUUCCUUUUCCACUGUCUGACGGCUGUUUUGAAUUUUACUACUGGUCAAUCGGAAGAAAGAUACGAUACCGGGUAGUUGUAAACUGUUCCAAGUCUUCCAUUAUCUUAUGGACUGACGCUAAAAAAACUACCCGGGAAUCAUUGCCAGACUAGCCGGUAGCAAUCGUAAAUGUCAAGUAUCCGGUAGCUAAUGAACGACCACCGAUUAGCAUUUGAAGUAGCUAUCCGGCAGCUACUUGUAUCCUUCUCCGUUGUGACUUUUGACGGAACCGAUUUGAACAAAGCAAACGAUAAAGGAGAGUGAAUCUGAAUUAAUAUGAAGGGCUUCUGAACAUUUAUAUUUCGAAAGAACUUUCGUCUCAGAUGCGAAGCAAUGAAAGGUCAGCACCCAUGCGUGAACAUCGCCAGAAUGCACCUGAAACACUGUCGCCAUCGACUCUGCUUCGACUGCCUCGCCGAGAAAUUGCAGAAAUGUCUCAGCUCGAGUUGGCCAUUUCUUCCUCACUUUUUGCAUCUCAAGUUCAGAAGAUGUCCCACACUGUCCCCUUCAAUACUGCAGCAAUCGAGUUUCGCCCAACGAGGUACAGUAGCGUUCAUAAAAUAAUAUACCGUGAGGAAAAGUGAACGUUUGUCGCUUCUUAGACCAAACCCUGAAAAUAUUGCAAGUUAACGCUAAUCAGACACCCUCCUACAACAAACAACCCAGAAGCCCUUUUCAAUUUUUACUUUAAAAAUUUUUUUCUUCAAGAAUUUUUAUUUUCGUUAAUUUUUAUCUCCUUCUUCUUAUUUUUAAACGCAAAUUUGGUGGUAUGAAAAAGACCAGCGAAAAUUCGAACGGCGACUUUUUCCGAUGUUUUUCGUAUCGCUAGGGAACUUUCCGACGGCCACCUUUCCGACGAAUCUCUUUCCGACUUUUUCCCUUAUGUUUUUCGGUUUAUAAAACAUCUAUAAACAUUUUUCUUCCUAUUUCUUUGUGUUUUAAUCAUGAAUAAACUACCUUUUUUAUAUAGGAAGAUUCAAAACGAAAAGUUCAUCGAGAAAAAAAGUCGGAAAAAGAUUCGGCGGAAAAGCGGCCGCCGGAGAGUUCCCUAGCGAUAUGAAAAAAUCAGAAAAGUCGCCGUUUGAUUUUUCGCUGGUCUUUUUUUCAUACCACCGCAAAUCUACUAGAAAGGAACUAUGUCGAUUAUGAGAUGAACUUAAAGAGCAUUUGUCAGAUCAAGAUGAUGGCAGUCCGAGCGCCCAACUACCGUUACAUCUGUGAUGCCGCUGAAAAACUGCCUUUGAACAACAUUCUACCGGAAAUGAGCCCCGUGAGAUUUUCCGUUUUGAAAGAAAAUUACUUCCAUUUCACAGUUGCCCCAAGAAGUAUUUAUUGACUGUUACGUCUAUGGCCGAGAGCAGACCAAGAAGUCUAUAAUUAUACCGAAGAUGUGCCUCAUCCGUGUGUUUCCAUACAUAUGUGUUUUCAAAAGACAAUUUCAGAAGACGUAAUCAACGCAGUUCUUCAACUGCAGCGGCUGGCGUCGAACCGCAGUACUUCCAGCAUGGAUAUCUACUUUCGCAAGGAGUCCGGCGAAAAGAAAUGUUUUCUCAAGCGGUUUUUAGAAGGAAUGAAUAUUUUCAGGGCAAUACAAGUACGAGCGAAUCAUAACUCAGAACCUUGAAAAGUCUGUCAUUCGAGAUAUGAACUGGCCAGAUAAGGUGAUCCAUUGAUUCAUCGGAAGUUUCCACAAAAAAUGAUUUCCAGAUAACUUUUGUCAUCGACAUUGAUGGACAAUUGGCAAAGGGUAAACAUCGCCCAUCAUGAAAAAAAAAUAACGCUGUCAAAAAGUUAAAAAAAAAUUAUAAUACUUUAUUUGGAAUCGGAAACUUAUGAACUCACAUAUUGAUGUAAAUGAUUACAUUUAUUUUAUAUCUGAAUUGUUCAAAAGUUUCUUUAGAGUUGGAGUCAGUAAACAUUUUUUCAUAUUUUUUUAAUGAGUAGCUGCCUUGAGAGCCUGAAAAACAGAAAUAAUGAAUAAACAAUAAACUUUUGCGUACUGUAGCCGCAGCAGCAGCGGUAAACGACAAAGAAUGA